CAGUCAUUGGUGUCAAUAAAAAAUGUCAUUUUAAAGAAUUCCCUAGCACAUCUUUGAUGUCAAAUGUAGGAAAUUCAUUUAAAAGACGUCGUUUUGGCAUCUUCUCCUGGCAGACAGUAGGCAUUGCUCUACGAAAUUCAUAUAAGAUAGCUUUGGAAGUUGAUGCAUUUGCAAGGAUGCACAAACUAAAACUUUUGCAACUCAAAAAUUUACAAGUCAAUGGAAGCUUUGAAAAUUUUCCGAAAGGAUUACGAUGGUUGUGUUGGCAUGGAUUCUCUUUCAACUCUAUAUGUGAUGAUUUCCCUUUGGAUAACCUGGUUGUUCUUGAGAUGCCGUAUAGCAACUUGCAAAAGGUUUGGGAAGGAACCAAGUUUCUCGAGUCAUUAAAAAUCCUUGAUCUUAGUUAUUCCCAUUGCCUUUCCGAAACUCCUGAUUUCUUGGAAGUACCCAAUCUUGAGCGACUAAUACUUGAAAAUUGUGCAAGGCUGGUAGAGGUUCAUGAAUCUAUUGGACACCUUCAGAGACUUGUUUUAUUAAAUUUGAAAAAUUGCAAAAAUCUAAGGAAGUUUCCAAGAAGCAUUGUUAUGCUAAAAUUUUUGGAAACUCUUGACAUCUCAGGUUGCUCAAAUAUUAAGGAAUUGCCAAUAGAGAUGGGGACUAUGGAUUCUUUAACAAAGUUUAAUGCAAAUGGAACUGUCGUAAGUCCAUUACUCUCUACCACUAAGGAGGUCAAACCAUGGUAUUCAUUCAUCUGGCCUUCUCUAUUGAAACCAAGAAAAAGUGUAGAAAUUUCAUGUACUCUUUUACCACGGUAUUUGGUACACUUAAGUCUUGUCGAUUGCAAAUUAUCGGAGGAUGCUUUUCCAAAGGAUUUUUGCAACCUAUUCUCAUUGCAGAUAUUAAAUCUGGGCAAUAAUCCAUUUUGUAGCAAGGAUCUUAGCAACCUAUCCUCAUUGCAGAUAUUAAAUCUGAGUAAUAAUCCAAUUUGUAGCCUCCCGAAUUGCAUCAGAGGUCUUAUUGGAAUUCAGAUCCUUGUAUUAGAAGAGUGUAAAAGGCUUCAAUCACUUAUAGUGGAGCAGAAUUUGAAAGUAUUGUCGGUCAUUGAAUGUACAUUGUUGGAGAAAGUUGCAUUUCAAUCAUUUUCAUCAUCAACCAUAGAAUUCGAGAACCUUCGUGAUGCAUAUAUAAAGUUGCAGAAUUUGCAAGAGUUUUACAACUCAAAAUGUAGAUCUUAUUCAGCUCCAUUAACGAUGCAAUAUAAUGACUCAUGGGAGAAUCAAUUUGUUAUGAUGGAGCAUUGCAGACCAUUACUAUUCUUUGAUAUGUGCGACAAUAUAGUCGAGGUCGUGGGCGCAUUUAAGUUAGAACCCAUAGGGAAUAUUGAUGUGGAGAUAAUGAAUAAUUUGGGCUUGCCCAAUUUUGGAUCCAUGGGAAGCCCAACUGUUAUGCUUUCAAAGAUGUACUUAGAGAAUCAAAAGAAGCUUCCCCUACAGGGAUGUCAUGAAGAACACAUGUUUUACGCUUAUCUUCCGAAAAGCAAGAUUCCAACUUGGUUUAAUAUUAAAAAUACAGGAUCUUCAAUAUCUUUUAAAGUGCCAUCGCAUUUCAGAAUUCAAGCCUUGAGUGUGUGUUCUAUUUAUGCACUUUCCAAUAAUUCAGAAUAUCUUGACCAUGAUUGUGACGCACAUACUAUUAUCAAUAAUACAACCAAUAGUCUGAUUUGGAGCCAUUCCCCAAAUGUCAUUGGCAUUCCAGAAGCUGAUGAGGAUAUGAUGUGGUUAAGUUAUUGGAAGUUUGAAAAUCAGUUGAAAGGUGGGGAUGAACUGAAUAUUUCAGUGGUUGGAAAUGAAGAUUUUCAAGUGAAGGAGGUUGGAGUCCAUCUUGUGUACAAGGAGGAAGAAGAGAAGAGUAGCCAAUCAACUAGUGGAGCAGCAUCCCAAUUACAAUUCUCUCUCUAUGGAAAUGUCGUUCCUGGAAAUGCUUCUACAGUACAUCCGGUGAGCAAAAAAGUCUUCUGCCUCGGAUGUCAUAAGCCACAUUGUUGGAUUUGUGACAAUCUAUAACCUCAACCUUUGUGCACUAACUCGGUAAUUGGUUGCUUUGGGACUAGUGAGAGAUUGGGUAGGCAAUAAUUCUUGCUCUUUCUCCUUAUAAUUAUGUUAUGUUGUGUGAUGAUAAUAUGUUAUAUGCUGGAUAUUCUUCAUGAUGCUAAGGAUUUUGAAUAACUACUAUGAAUUUUAGUUCUUUUCUCUGCUUUUGUUGAAGCCAU